CUUACAGACCAUUCCAGCUGCUCCGAGAGGCAGCACACCCAACCAUGUCACCUCCGAGAUCUGGUAACGACUUAUGAAUAUCAAUGUGACUUUCCCUUGCAAAAGGUAGGUGCCGCAUCAUGUCAUCUUCCCUGAUGUUGUGUGGAUACUCCAGAUAAGGUGUCUACCUAAUACUCAGUUUGCCAACCUUGACAGAAGAAGCAGAAAGUUCUGAUCAUCAAAAGGAAGGAACAAAUGAAGUUCUGGAAGUGAAAGGCACACAUUUGUAAGUCUCUUAGAUAAGGAAAAUACAGCAUGAAUGAAUGCUCCUUGCAAAACUGUGAAAUACCUGAUUCACCAACCUUACCAGAAGAAGCAGAACAUUCUGAGGAGAAAUCGAGUGUGAUAGAUGGGGCUGAAACUCCACAAAGUGGAAGCCACUCAGAUACAUGUGUUUCGUACAAGGACAAUAUGAAUGCUGAAGGCUCCCAAGAAGAGGGUGAACUAAUAAGUGAUUUGCCAACCUUACCAGAAGAAACAGAACAUUCCCAGAAUAAAACGAAUGAAACAGACGAGAAGAAUCCACUAAAUGACAACCCUUCAGGGGGUACUUCUGCACGUCACCAUCACCUUAUGACUACAAGAGAACUUCAGGUUUACUGGAAGAAAGAGAAAUACGAAUCAAAACCAGUCAAACUCCUUUUCCAGAUCCACUCCACCCGCAUAGCAGAGGAUUUCCUUUCCAAGUUUGUGAUGUACCAGAUCGUAAUAAUUAAAACGGGAAGUUUUGAUGGAAAGAAGGUCUUCAUCGAGAGAAGAUACUCUGACUUUGAACGUCUUCACAGAAAUUUACUAAAAAGCUUUAGGGAAGAAAUGGAAGAUAUCGUAUUUCCUAAAAAGAUCCUACUGGGAAAUCUCACCGAAGAGAUGAUCAACAAAAGGAUGAUGGCCCUUAAAAAUUAUCUUGAAGAAUUAUAUGCUCUAAAAUGUGUAAGAAGGUCCCAGAAAUAUAUGGAGUUUUUCAUUGAGCCAGAACUGGAAGAAGGAUACAGCUGUAUACGAGGAGGACAGUACAAUACUGCUACAGGUAUCUUCCAACAAGUUGUCUAUCUUCAAGAAAAGUUGGUUGAACAUUGUCCUAAGUUAUUGGUGCCAUCUCUGUGCGCGUUAGUUGUAUGCUAUAGAGAUAUGAAUCAAUCAGAAAUGGCUUACGAGGUUGGGAUGCAAGCCCUUGAACUUCUUGAGAAGCACACCACACACAGAUAUUUUAUGCCAUUACUAGAUACGUUGGUUUCCUUGGCUUAUAAAACAGGCAAAGACUAUAUGACUUUAAGGGAAAAGAUGAAAAUAAAUGAAAUGAAGGAGAGAAGAACAUUUGACUUUGAAAUGGUUACACUAAAGGAGCUUGUGGUGCAAGAGUAUGUUAAAGAUUAAGCCCACAUGAAUCAAAUUUCAAGAAAUUGAUGUAAAGAAAAAUAAUUUAAAUGUAAUAAAAAUACAAGCAAUUUUCUCACUGGGCACAGAGCCUCUUAAUAGACUAAUACUUUGGGGUCAGAAGAGAUGAAUUUUCGUCAAGCUUCUCAUCUCAAGCAGGGUUACAAUUAUAGGAAAUUACAGCUGGGGACAGCUUGCCUGCUUACAGUGACCUCUGCACCUGUCACAGAGCAUGUCCACAACAUAAUCCCAUUUUAGUCAAUAUGUAGAGGUUUUUUAGGGCCAUGUGGCUGCUGCAUAGAGUUCAGACAAGAUGGCUGCUCUUUAGACAAGUAGAUAGCUCCCAUUCAGACUACACUCACAAUGUAGUUGUAGAUAUGCAGUGCAACACUGUGGCAUGGCUUUUAGGCUAACAAAGUUACAAAAACUUUAUCGAAUGGAGGGUACUGUCUCUUUAAAGGACUGAACAAUAUAAUGUACAAAACAGUAUGGCUGUAACCGUCACACAGUUAUGGUUUAGCAGGACACAAUAAAACACUUUAAUAAG